GCCGGCGAUGCGAGCCCCCUGCGAGGAGGCGGCGACCGCGGUGGAAAGCGCAGGAGUAGGCGGAGAGGAGAAGGAGAUGCUUUGUGGGAAAUUUCAGUGGCGAUGUCAGUAUUUUGGCACAAAUGUCCAAGAAGUGACAGUGCUGGAGGGAUUUAACUCUACAUGUCCGGCACAGAACUGCGGCUCCUAAGAUUGCCAAUAGGUGUGUUAAAAGCAGCAAAUGGUCGGCAAGGAGCAGGAUCCUGUUGAUUAAAACGGUGCUUACUAAAGUGCGAUAGAGUCCUUCAUUUCCUAUCUUACACUUUCACUAUGUGCAGAAACAGUGAAAAUGAUUUGGUCUCUUCCCUGAAAGAUUUCAUAAGCUUGUGAGAGAAGCAGACCUAAAAACAAAAAGUUAUGCCGUUAUGACCUAGGUAUUUGUAAAAAUAUCCGUAAAGUGCUAGGAGAGUCCUGAGAAUCAACCAGCUUAUAAUGUAUAGGACUUUAAUCAGAAGUGCAGCAUACUGAGCAUUCAUGUUGAGCAGCGUGAAAGGGAUCAGAACGGGAAGAAGAGAUUAAACAGGCUAAUCUAGUGAUCUACACAAGAGAAAACAGCUACUGGUGGUAGGGUCAGAAACAGAUUCUUGGUGUAGUUAUGGAUGUAGAGUCAUCAGGAACCUUGGCAAAACAGAAUGUGGAGAAAAGGAAAGGAUCUAAUAAAAUGCCGGUAAAUGAGAUUGGGAAUAUAGGAAGAGCAGGUUUGUUUGGAGGGGAACAUAAUGAGUUCACUUAUGCACACUUAAAAUGAGGUUUCAGUGGAAAUCAUGAGUAGAAAUGCUUUCAAAGAAGCCUUUGGAAAUAGAGGUCUGGAUCCCAGAAGAGAAGUCUGGGUUGGAAAUCCAGAUUAAUAUUUCUAGCUGCACAUCAAAAGGGUGAUGAAUCCGUGUCAGCAGACCAUAUCACACUAGCAAGUUCUAAAAGUUAAAGGACAGCCAACAUUUGUGGUCUGUCUUACUGUAUGCCAGGCACUUUUAUAUUUAUUUCAUGAAUUCCUAACAAAAAUUCUAUGCUAGGCACUUUUUUUUACCCCCCUUUCAAAGAUGUACAGCCUAACGUUCAAAAAGGUUAAGUAAUUUGCCCAAGGCUUUUCAGCUAAUCAGUAGCAAAGCUGGGUUUUGAAGUCAGAUUUGUCAAAAUCUAAAGCAUAGGGAAAGCGCCAUUCUGUACAGCUUUCUGAUAACGAUAGCUGUAAUUUUAUUGAGUCAUUACAGUAUGCCAGCCAUUUUUGCUAAGUUAAAAACACCUCAGCAGAAGGUGAUUGGGGGAGAAAUUUUGGAAACAAUAAAAACAGGAAAGAAGUCUUCUAUUCUCUCCGCAUAAACAUAUAAUCAUUAUUUGUACAUUCCCAACCUCUGUUUUCUAUACGAUAUUUAGCAUUGCUCAUGAAGUUUGCCAACACCAGAGUACCUUUGAAAAAUUGUAUUCAGGUAGACAGCAAAGUGAUUGCAAGGUGGGGUGUUGAGGGCAUCCAGGGCAAGGGCCAGUUUAUUUGGCUCAUCUGAGUAUUUUGGUGCAGAGUAUGCUAGAUACCAAGGAUGCAGAGACAAGUAAGAUUUGAGUCUUGCCUUUCCAGUUUUCUUCUCUCCCAACUGUGGGGAUUAAGGAGAGUAUGACAAAAGAAGUAAAACUAAAGUUUAUUUCAAAUCCUGACCUAGAGAAUGAAGACAUUAAGGCUGAAAGAACAUCAUGAACAUAAGGCAAGGGUGUUUAAAAGUCCAUGGUGUAUUUAGGGAAUGCGAUAGUAGUUCAUUGUGGGCAGUUCAGGGCUUGAUUGAAAGAGGUAGAGGGUGGAGAAGCUUACCUGGGGCCAGAUUUAUUUGAAUAGUACUCUAUAGCCAUGCCUGCACACAUGGAAAGUAGUUACUUGGGUUUUUGUUUCUUCUACAUUCAAGAUCAUUUAAAGCAUGAUCUAUAAAGAAAGUCAGAUCUCAAGGGUAUCCUGCAAGAUGACUUAAAAAGUCUUAACUCAGAGAUGACUGAUUGAAGCAGUGUGGGAAGGAAGAACGAUAUAUAAAGAAGAAGAAACAGGACUUGCCUCAGCAAGCACAAGAAACACUGAACAAAGGAGAGGAAACCAACAAAGAUAAUUUUAGAAGCACUGAAUGCAGCAAAACAAGAACAAUGGAUCUCAAGUUCAACAACUCCAGGAAAUACAUUUCUAUCACUGUCCCUCCCAAAACACAGACAAUGUCACCACACAUCAAGUCAAUAGAUGACAUUGUAGUGCUUGGCAUAAAUCUCAGCAGAUUUAACAAACUUACUCAGUUUUUCAUAUGUGUUGCUGGAGUUUUUGUAUUUUACCUAAUUUAUGGAUAUUUACAGGAAUUAAUAUUUUCAAUGGAGGGUUUUAAGUCUUAUGGCUGGUACCUUACUUUAGUACAGUUUGCAUUUUACUCCAUAUUUGGCCUAAUAGAACUUCAGCUUAUUCAGGACAAAAGGAGAAGAAUACCAGGAAAAACCUACAUGAUAAUAGCUUUUCUAACUGUGGGUACUAUGGGGUUAUCAAAUACUUCCUUGGGCUACCUGAAUUAUCCUACCCAAGUCAUCUUCAAGUGCUGCAAAUUGAUUCCUGUUAUGCUAGGAGGAGUUUUUAUUCAAGGGAAACGUUAUAAUAUUGCAGACGUGUCUGCUGCAGUAUGUAUGAGUCUUGGCCUGAUAUGGUUCACCCUGGCUGACAGCACGAUUGCACCAAAUUUCAACCUGACAGGUGUGAUUCUUAUUUCCCUGGCACUAUGUGCAGAUGCUGUCAUUGGAAAUGUCCAAGAGAAAGCUAUGAAACUGCAUAAUGCUUCUAAUUCAGAAAUGGUUUUGUAUUCAUAUUCAAUUGGUUUUGUGUACAUUUUAUUGGGAUUGACAUGCACUAGUGGAUUAGGCCCUGCAGUAACAUUUUGUUCAAAGAAUCCAAUUCAGACCUAUGGUUAUGCUUUCCUUUUUUCCCUCACUGGGUAUUUUGGAAUCUCCUUUGUUCUGGCUUUGAUUAAAAUUUUCGGUGCACUUCUUGCUGUAACAGUGACAACAGGAAGAAAAGCCAUGACCAUUGUACUUUCAUUUAUGUUCUUUGCUAAACCAUUCACAUUUCAGUACGUAUGGUCUGGUUUGUUAGUUGUCCUCGGUAUAUUUCUCAAUGUUUACAGCAAAAAUAUGGAUAAAAUAAGACUACCAUCACUGUAUGAUCUGAUAAACAAAACACUGGAAAUGAGAAAGUCAAGGACGUUGGCACAAACUGUGUAGGGAGUGAUUCGUCCUCUUUAAAAUAGAAUUCUAAGGGAACAAUCAUCAAAUAAUUAAUCUUCCAAAGGGAUUAUUACAAAAACCAAAGGAUCUGAAGGCAUGCUAUCCUUUUGUGGAUAGGUCACCUGUGAAGUCAGCCUCUUCCUCAGAGCACUUGUUUAACUGUUUGACUUCUGAAGCAAUCAAGAGAGCCACAUUUGCCACACCUUAGAAUAAAAUGUCAGUGUGAAGGACUCAUUUAGCAGUCUGUUGAGAAUUUCACUGGAAGUGGACCAUGCUGCAAAACUAAUUGGAUAUCAUUAUGAUAUAUCAAAGAAAUUGAUAUAAUAAUAUCAAUUAAUUGUUUUGUCUUCAUUCCAUUUUGUUGGUGUUAUUUAAAUGAUUCUCUGUUAUAAGAGUGAACAGAUGAUUUAAAGUCUAGAAAGAAUUUCAUUAUAAUAAAAAAUAUUCUGUGAUUUUUUUUAAUAAAUGUGUU